ACUCAUCAUAUAAUAAACAUGCUGGCCAUGGCAGCGAUAGGAGUUGGCAGUCCUGCCGGGGCGUUUGUCCCUCACCUUCCAUCAGGUCUGACUCAAGCUCGUCAUUGUCUUGCAAGGAGAAAUGGUGACUCUCCCUUGCUGCGAGGAGUGUCCUGUCGAGCUCCUUACCAGCGACAAGCCGCGAAGCUCAAAAUGCAGGAGAUGGAUCGUGAUGGAACCUUCCAGAGGGAUGAGAGCGACAAUGUGAGAAGAUAUGGCUUGCUGAUAGCAUGGGCUUGUUUCAUGUCAUAUGGCAUCUUCUUUGCACCAGAAGUGACCGAGGGAGCUUCAAAGCAAAUUCUCCUCGACGUUCUGGAUCCAUCGAAGCUCCAGACUAUCAAUCCGAUCUUCUUUGCCGUUUUCAAUUUGCUUGGAGUUUGGCCAGCAGUGAUGGCUUCUCUACUCUUUCCGCUCAAACCGAUAUCCCAGAAACUUCCUGCUUCUCCCUUCAUAUUUGGGUCAUUCGCUCUGGGUGCUUUCGCUCUGACGCCUUACCUGGCACUGACGAGCUACGGCCCUGAAACGGAUAAAGAUUCGAUGUUUUCCCGUUUCUUUCAAAACAAGAUAACUUCUGCUUGCCUCCUGAUCUUCACUGUUGGGCUAUAUUCGUACGGAGCCGGCUUUUUUGCACCAAACAUUUUGAAUGGAGGAUCUGAUUACAGCAUUGAUGUCCUCGUAUACUCUUACUUCAAGGGCUUUAUUGAGCUCUUCAGGUCAAUUAAGCUGGUAAACGUGUCUUCAUGCGAUUUCAUUUUUUUAUGGCUUCUCAGUUCCAAGCCACUGUUUG